AUGUCUGUAUCUCUAAGUACCACUUGUUGUCUUCGACUACGCACUGCUUCAGUUCCGCAAAAACAUGGAGUUGUCCGUUUUUAUUUACAAAGAUCAUCUCAUGUUUCCCCAUGCCGUUUUGGUUUCAACUCAAACCCAUUCUUUAGAAUUCAGACCUCAAGAUCUUCCAAGUACUUAACGCCGAGACUGUCUGAUGAACGCAGAGAAACACAAGUAACUACUGAAGAAGAGGUUGUCGAGUUUCCGAGGCUAUUCUCUAACCUUAACCGAUCAACACUGAAGCGAGAGUCCGGAAGCUUGUCAAGUGCGAUUUUCUUGGUUGCUGGCACUACAGUAGGUGCAGGGAUACUUGCUAUUCCAGCUGUGACACAAGAAUCAGGUUUUCUAGCCUCUGCAGUUGCCUGCAUUCUCUGUUGGGCGUUCAUGGUUGUUACAGGUUUGCUAGUUGCUGAAGUGAAUGUCAACACAAUGUCUGAGUUAGGCUCUGGAGGCGUAUCUCUCGUCUCAAUGGCGAAGAGGACUCUUGGAUCUGUUGGAGUUCAAGUUGCAUCUUGGUCAUACAUUCUCAUACAUUAUACUCUCCUUGUGGCCUACAUUGCUCGAUCUUCAGGCAUCCUUACAAACUUCCUAGGCAUUCCAAUAUGGGAGAGCGCAACUCUGUUCUCACUGGUUCUCGGAGGCAUUUGUUUCUUUGGAAGCCAGAGAUUCAUCGGUGCAACCAAUGGAGUUCUGGUGUUUGGACUAAUUGCAUCAUUUGCAGCACUUGUGGCAGUAGCGAGUGGAGACUUGCACUGGGAAGCUCUUCUCAAGGCCAACUUUGAAGCUGUUCCCAUGAGUAUACCCAUUAUAGCACUCUCGUUUGUUUACCAGAAUGUGGUGCCGGUUCUCUGCACAGAUCUUGAAGGUGACUUGCCGAAAGUAAGAACCGCGAUUGUUCUUGGCACAGCCAUACCACUUGGCUUGUUUCUUGUGUGGAACGCUGUGAUUCUUGGAUCGUUUCCAGACACUGGUGUGGCAGCUGAGAAGAUGAUCGAUCCUCUGCAGCAGUUAAGAGCAACCAGUGUCACCGUUGGUCCUUUUGUGGAAGUAUUCUCUCUUAUUGCAAUCGCAACAUCUUACAUAGGAUUUGUCCUAGGCCUCACUGACUUCUUCUCUGAUUUAUUGAAGCUUCAGACCAGACAGAACAAGCCUUUUCUUUACCUUCUUACACUGGUUCCGCCACUUGUUCUGUCCCUACUAGACCCAGAGAUUUUCUUCAAAGCUUUGGAUUUUGCUGGGACAUAUGGAGUUCUUGUACUGUUUGGAAUCCUACCAGCUGCAAUGUCUUGGUCAGAUAGGUACAUAGUCUCAUCAUCAACAGCAACAAGCGUGCCACAACUUGUUCCAGGAGGAAAAGUAACACUUGGUCUUGUCAUGGGAGCUGCAGGAUACGUGAUUGUUUCAGAAGUAGUAGAGAACUUUUCACAGUACUUGAGCGGUUCUUGA